GACAUGCAGACGCAGAGGAGGAGAAGAAAAAGGGGUGGGGGGGGGUCUCUGCUCAAACAGACCCCAUGCUUGUUGAGAGAGAGAGAGAGAGAGAGAGAGAGAAACUGUUGGCUGCAUUGCAGAGAGAUAGGGAGCUAAGUGAGGGAGGAAGGGGAGGAGGGGGAGGAAGGCUAACAGGAGGCAGAGAGAGAGAGAGGAGGUGUUGAGCAGCAGUGCUGGUCCACCGGCCGAGCAGGACGGUGUGAAAGAGAGAGAGGCUGAUGCUGCGGCGCAGGACAGAGGAAGAAGAAGAAGAAGAAUAGGAGGAGGAGAAGGAGGAGGAAACCUGGGCUUAAAUCACUGCACUAGACAAAGAAGAAGUCGGAGGACGAGAUCUUCAUCUUCACGUUGACCCUGGGAUCAUGAUGCUGAUCCUGACCUCAACCUGUGAUCUACAGAUGUGAAGCUGCUCCAGAGCUCAGCUGGAGGACGAGGAGGAGGAGGCUCCAUGCCCUGGGACAGUCCUGGUGGACCAAGCACAGGAGGAGGAGGAGGAGCAGGUAGACAGGAGGCCGGACCAGAGGCUGCUGGUCGUCUUUCUGGGACGCCGGAUCUCCUGAAUUAAACAAGCUGGGAAUAAAGAUGUAGUGUGAGCUAGUGGAAGGAGGACGGAACAAGGAGCGCGCUGUGCUGAAGAGGAAGACGAGGAGGAGGAGGAGGAGACGCUGACUGAGAUCUGAGUCGGAAGACGAAGACUGAGGCUCCAGCGGCUCAGGAAGAUGCCCUCCCGCUGCAGGACAGUGUUGAACAUCGUGGUGACCACCCUCUUUGCUGCAGUGGUCCUCUUCACCGUCCUGCUGGCCUACGUCACAGGUUACCAGUUCAUCCACACGGAGCAGCACCACCUUUCCUUCGGCCUGUACGGUGCCUUCCUCUCGCUCCACCUCUUUCUUCAGAGCCUCUUCGCCUUCCUGGAGCACCGGCAGAUGCGGAGUCCGGCUCGACCUCAGCACCUCCGCCGCUCCGUGGCGCUCUGCAUCGCCGCCUACCAGGAGGACCCGGACUACCUGAGGAAGUGCCUGCGCAGUGUCCGGCGAAUCUCCUUCCCUGGCCUGAAAGUGGUGCUGGUGGUGGACGGGAACCGGCCCGAGGACCGCUACAUGAUGGACAUUUUCCAGGAGGUGAUGGGCGGCACCGACCAGGCCGGCAGUCUGGUGUGGAAGGGAAAUUACCACAGCGAUGGAAGCGUCGGAGGCGGAGUUGGAGGCGGAGGGAGGAGCAUGGUGCACAUGGAGGAGGCGGCACGAGUGGCUCGGCUGGUCAGAGGUCGUCGUUACUCCUGUGUCAUGCAGGAGUGGGGCGGGAAACGAGAGGUGAUGUACACGGCCUUUAAAGCUCUGGGAGACAGCGUGGACUAUGUUCAGGUGUGUGACUCAGACACAGUUCUGGACCCAGCCUGUACCAUUGAGAUGCUGAAGAUCCUGGAGGAAGACGCCAUGGUGGGAGGAGUCGGUGGAGACGUACAGAUCCUCAACAAGUACGACUCGUGGAUCUCCUUCCUCAGCAGCGUGCGAUACUGGAUGGCCUUCAACGUGGAGCGCGCCUGCCAGUCAUACUUUGGCUGCGUCCAGUGCAUCAGCGGCCCUCUGGGCAUGUACAGGAACUCCCUGCUCCAGCGUUUCCUGGAGGCCUGGUACCACCAGACCUUCCUCGGCUCCAAGUGCAGCUUCGGCGACGACCGCCACCUCACCAAUCGAGUGCUCAGCUUCGGCUACAAGACCAAGUUCACGGCACGGUCACAGUGCCAGACGGAGACGCCGACGCAGUACCUGCGCUGGCUCAACCAGCAGACUCGGUGGAGCAAGUCGUACUUCCGCGAGUGGCUCUACAACGCUCUGUGGUUCCACAAGCACAGCCUCUGGAUGACCUACGAGUCUGUGGUCACCGGGUUCUUCCCCUUCUUCCUGGUCGCCACCGUCAUCCAUCUCUUCUACCGUGGGAGGCUGUGGAACAUUCUGCUCUUCCUGUUGACGGUGCAGCUGGUGGGGAUGGUGAAGGCCACCUACGCCUGCUUCCUGCGCGGCAGCCUGGUCAUGAUCUUCAUGUCCCUCUACUCCCUCGUCUACAUGUCCAGUUUGCUGCCCGCCAAAAUCUUCGCCCUGCUCACCAUCAACAAGGCCGGAUGGGGAACUUCGGGCCGCAGGAAGAUCGUGGUCAACUUCAUCGGUGCCGUGCCUGUCACGCUGUGGACUCUGGUGCUGCUCGGGGGUGUGGCCUACACCGUCUACUGUGAAACACAAGAGCCUUUCAGCGAGACCGAGAAAGCUUUGCUGAUAACAGGGACGAUCCUCUACGCCUGCUACUGGCUGGUUCUGCUGGUGCUCUACCUCGCCAUCGUGGCCAAGCGCUGCAACAAGCGGGAGGAGCAGUAUCACCUGCCGUAUGCCGAAGCGUAGACGCGCACGUGAACCCAGAGACUGCAGGACACUUGUGCGAGGUAAACCAAAGGUCCUCGUCCACCGCAUGCAAUGAAGGAGGGAGGAGCCAUGAACCGGGAAGCCACGCCUUCAUCACUGGUGCUAAAAUACAAACAAACCCUUGACAUGACUGUCGCUCCGCCUCCUUUCACAUCAUUCUCUUUAAAGGUGCUACCAACGCGGGGUUUUUAUGUGUCCGACACAAGGGGGCAGUGUGGUUCUUUCAUGGAUUUAAAAAGACAAAAUGAGGAGUUUAUGACGCGAUGAGUUCAUGCUAGCGUGUUUAUGACUUCCUGGUCACACAAAAGUUGGAGAAAUUAAAUCUGAAUCUGUUUUUUUUUUUUUUUUUUCUUAUACUAAAACGAUUUUCUUUUUCCCCAUGAUUUUAUAAUCUUAACCGAAUAUGAAAAGUGUCGCAGCGCUUGUGAGUCGUCACAUUCACGCAAGAAAACUAGCACUAGACGCAGAGGAAGUGAAGACAACGUCGACCUCCAUUUUACUGUCACAGAGGUGUAAAGACUAACUUUAUGUUAAAAUUACUUUUUUUUUCAUUUAAAUUCAUUUUAAAGUUAAGAAUUGAUUAUGUGCUGCGCUUGAAUAAUUAUGGGAUGCAAUUAGAGCUAGAGUUGUUCCGAUUCCGAUACCAGUAUCGGAAAUGCCUCAGAUACUGCCGAAAAUGUUGGCAUCGGUAUCGGCAAGUACUGGAGUCCAUGCACCGAUCCGAUACCACGUAAUGUAUUAGAGCUCCGUUAGCUCUGACACGGUUCUUCUUCGGCACUCUUGAAACAGUUGCGCUGUGCUGUUUUAGAGAUGUUAAGAAGAACUGAUCACCCAACACCUGUAGACAAGGAGCUAACGUUAGCUCAUCAUGUCGGCGGUUUGGCAGUAUUUACCAGUUAACUCCGUUAGCGUUGUUAGCUGCGCUAGCUCCGUUAACACGCCUACAGUCAAACUGGAGUGGCCCGUUUAUUAAACGUAGCAGCGCUACAACUAACCAGCGUACCUGUGUCCUGCGUAUGUAUGCCUCUGUUUUUAAAGUUUAGCGUUACUUCAGAGACUCAUUUUAUCUGGAGUCAUGUAAAAAUGAUGUCACGCGCGUCCUUUCCCGGUCAGUCGUCAUGGAAACAUGAAGCUCUGCCAGUGCUGCGGUGUUUGGACCAGAGUCAAAACAAACGUACAAGCUGAAAAACGAAAUAACAUAUCACUGGUAAAAAUAAAUGGUGUUCAUUUGCUGUAUUCGUUCAUGUUUUACAGAGGGUUUAACCUGAGCCAAACCUUACCACCAAUGAUAAUCAUAUCACAGUCAUGCAGGCAUAGUAUGAUAUAUUUUUUUUUUAUAACACACUGGUAUCGGUAUCGGUACUCUGUAUCGGCCGAUACCCACAGCACAAGUAUCGGAAAAAAUGGUAUCGGAACAUCUCUAAUUAGAGCCGUGACAAAUGAUUAUCUUCUCGAAUAAUCGAUGAGUCGUUUGGUCCAGAAAACAAUGACAUUCUCAAACGUCUUUGUUUUUGUCCACAAACAGAAAAUAAUUCAGUUUGAAUCAUUUCUUUGCUUUUAUAGAGCAAAGAAACAACGGUUCACAUUUAAGAAGCUGAAAAUUGACAGAAAGUAGAAAAUAUUCAUAUUUAAGAGGCUGAAAAAUGACAGAAAGUAGAAAAUAUUCACAUAAGAAGAUGAAAAAUGACAGAAAGUUGAAAAUAUUCACAUUUAAGAGGCUGAAAAAUGACAGAAAGUAGAAAAUAUUCACAUUUAAGAAGCUGAAAAUGUCAGAAAGUAGAAAAUAUUCACAUUUAAGAAGCUGAAAAAUGACAGAAAGUAGAAAAUAUUCACAUUUAAGAGGCUGAAAAAUGACAGAAAGUAGAAAAUAUUCACAUAAGAAGAUGAAAAAUGACAGAAAGUUGAAAAUAUUCACAUUUAAGAGGCUGAAAAAUGACAGAAAGUAGAAAAUAUUCACAUUUAAGAAGCUGAAAAUGUCAGAAAGUAGAAAAUAUUCACAUUUAAGAAGCUGAAAAAUGACAGAAAGUAGAAAAUAUUCACAUUUAAGAGGCUGAAAAAUGACAGAAAGUAGAAAAAAUUCACAUAAGAAGAUGAAAAAUGACAGAAAGUUGAAAAUAUUCACAUUUAAGAGGCUGAAAAAUGACAGAAAGUAGAAAAUAUUCAUAUUUAAGAGGCUGAAAAAUGACAGAAAGUAGAAAAUAUUCACAUAAGAAGAUGAAAAAUGACAGAAAGUUGAAAAUAUUCACAUUUAAGAAGCUGAAAAUUGACAGAAAGUAGAAAAUAUUCAUAUUUAAGAGGCUGAAAAAUGACAGAAAGUAGAAAAUAUUCACACAAGAAGAUGAAAAAUGACAGAAAGUUGAAAAUAUUCACAUUUAAGAGGCUGAAAAAUGACAGAAAGUAGAAAAUAUUCACAUUUAAGAAGCUGAAAAUGUUAGAAAGUAGAAAAUAUUCACAUUUAAGAAGCUGAAAAAUGACAGAAAGUAGAAAAUAUUCACAUAAGAUGAAAAAUGACAGAAAGUCGAAAAUAUUCACAAUUUAGAAGCUGAAAAAUGACAGAAAGUCGAAAAUAUUCACAUUUAAGAAGCUGAAAAAUGUCAGAAAGUAGAAAAUAUUCACAUUUAAGAAGGUUAAAAAUGUCAGAAAGUAGAAAAUAUUCACAUUUAAAAAGCUGAAAAAUCACUCAAAACAAUAACCCGAUGAUCAGAAUAGUUGUCGAUCAUUAAAUAUUAAUUGAUAAUUAUGGUUUUCUGAAACGUAUUUCUCUUAAAUGUAAACAUUUCCUGAUGCUGUCCCAGGCUCCUCCCCCUCAAACGUCGUGAACAGCACAAUCCUCGACUUUUCCAGACAAUCUCACAUUCCUGAAGGCGACGUGUUCUUGGUGCUGUCGGAGCAUCUUGUGACUGAGUUAUUGUCGUACAAACGUCCGUGUUCUGGGGUUUUUCUCUGUAUAUGGUUCAUUUUACAUAUUGUGAAGUUGCCAAAUGACGUUUUUGUGAGAGUAAAGUUUGACUCUUGACUCUUUGACUCUUUUCUCGUUAACGACAUUUUUAAAACCAAAGAGGAUUGAUUUGAUUAAAAGCAUUUUUAUCUGCAGAGACGCUUUGAGUGAAUCUGCUGCUCAUUCAUUCAUAAUUCACUCUUACUUUUUAAUAAACCUGGAAAAGAACAUGUGAGCCUCUGCACAUCGACACUGUUCAAUGUGAAAUGUUAAUUUUGAAUAAAUUCUGGGAAGUUACAAAUA